AUGGAAUUUUAUGCAUGCUAAGAUUAGAGUAUUUGGCUUUAUGCUUUAGUAGAUGCUUUAAAAAUUAUUAAAAGAUUAAUAGAUGAAAUAGAUUCAUAAAAAGAUGAUAUUGCAUAUUAAUUACAAUAUAUUAUCUCUACAAUUGUUAAUUAAGAUUAUACCUUAUAACAUCCUUAAUUCAAAUCUUUAAAAAUUGUUAAAUCAUAAGCCAAAUCAAAUUAAAUUUUACUCAAUAUGAAAAUUGAGAAACUUUAUAAUAUUUCUAAUAUAUUUAUAAAAUAAAUUGUAAUGCAACAAGAAGAAGAGUUAAGGCAAGCUUUUUUAAAAAAAGAGAUACUUAUUUAAGAAUUAAAAGCCGAAAAUGGGAAAGAUCUUUUUUCGUUUUUAACAGAAGAAGAGCUUACAAAAUAAAAUGUUAUAUCUUAAAUAUGUGAAUUGAUAAUCAAUUCUUUACCUAAUACGGUCUUAUAUCUCUCAAUAUUUUACUACAAUUUUGUAAAUAUGUUUUUUGUUAAGCAGUUCGGAAACUAUGAGACAAUAGCUUCGUUUGGAAUGGGAGUAACUUGGUUUAACUCAACAACUCUUUGUUUUAUUGUUUCUUUAGGAAAUGGUUUUUUUAUCUAGUCAGCCUAAGCUUUUGGAGCAAAGAAUUUUUAACUUAUGGCAGAGCUUUAUUAGAAAUGUUAAGCUAUUUUAUUCUUUUUUGGAAUAAUUAGCACUUUUUUUUUACUGAAUACUCAAUCUAUUUUGAUUUCAUUUGGAAUUUCAGAAGAAGUUUCUACAAUCACUUAAUAAUUUUCAUAUUCAGCUAUUCCUUCAAUCAUUAGCAAUAUUUUGAAUGAAUCUACCAGGCAGCUACUAAUUUCUUAAAAAAUUUUCGACAUACCUAUGAAGGUUUAAAUUUUAGUUUACUUUUUCCACCCGAUAUGGUGUUACUUAUUUUCAAUAAUGCUAGAUCUUGGAAUAUAUGGAAUUGGUUUUUCAAGGGCAGUAUCAGAGAUGUUGGGUUUUAUUUUGCUUCGUUAUUAGAUUAAAUAAAAGCAUCUAUGCGAUGAAGUUUGGGAUAUCCCUUAUAGAAAAUAAUUCUUACUUGAUAAUUGGAUACCUUUCUUAAAAAUCUCUAUACCAGUUGGAGCUCUACUUUUCUUAGAGUGGAUCUUUUCCGAAAUUUAGAUAAUAUUAGUUGGCAUGUUAAAAGAUGAUAAAUAACUAGCAGGUUAGUCUUCAUUUUCAAGCAUAAUUUUGUUUUUUGCGAUGUGUCCUCUUGGAUUAUCAUAAACUUCUAAUAGCUACUUAGGUAAUGCAAUAGGUUAAGGUAAAAAAAAAGUCUGCAUUAAUUUUAGCAAAAUCACAAUAGUUGCUUGUUUUGUAGAGGUGGCUUUAAUGAUACUUAUUGGAAUAUUACUUCAAGACUUUUUUGCAGGUGUUUUUAGCACAGACCCUGAGAUGGAAUACUAUUUUCGAACUGCCUAUAAUAUGUAUAUUUACAUGUUUAUUUUAGCAGGAUGUUUCUAAUUUGUUUUAAGUGGGAUUUUGCGUUGUUGUGAGAAUUAAAAUUAUGCUGCUUAAACAUUUUUAAUUUCUUACUACUUAAUUGGGUUACCACUAGCAUGCUUUCUUAUUUUUAAAUUUGAACUUGGUAUCAAAGGUGUUUGGAUUUCUUAGUCACUUUCAGCUUGGAUUGUUUCAAUAAGUUGUCUAAUUAAAUAUUUAAACAUGGAUUGGGAUGAUUAGAUAUUAAAAGUUCAAAAGAGAGUAUAAUUAGAGAUAAAAGAACUAGAUAUUGAGAUGCCAAAUAUCAUGAAAUCAAAUUGA